UGUGAUAAAGCCAUGUCUCAAACAAAGAGAGUAUUAAGAUGCUACUACGAAGUGCUUGAAGUGGCUCGUACUGCGACUGCCGACGAACUGAAAAAGGCUUAUAGGAGACAGGCACUAAUAUGGCAUCCGGACAAGAAUCAACAUCAACAACAAGUGGCCGAUGAGCGUUUCAAGGAGUUGAACCACGCCUAUACCAUACUGUCCGAUCCCAAUGAGCGCAAGUGGUACGACGAUCAUCGCGAAGCAAUCCUGCGUGGCGGUGACGAUGACGAUGCCAGCACGAUCAACUUGUGGGGCUUCUUCAGCUCGGCCUGCUACGACCUGUUUGACGAUGGCGAGCGCGGUUUCUACACAGUGUACAACGAGGUGUUUGAAGACAUCGAGAAGGAGGAGGUCGAGGCCGACGAGGACUUUGCAGACACUUCAAACAAGGCGCGCGUCAAGUCCACCGCGCCAAUGUUUGGUCGCAGCGAUGCGCCAAUGGCAGACGUGCUACGCUUCUAUCAGUACUGGCGAGAGUUUGUCACAAAGAAGCGAUUCACAAUGGCCGACAAGUACAACACGACAGAGGCCGUCAACAGACAGAUCAAACGACUGAUGGAGAAGGAGAACAUGAAGGAGCGCAGCAAGCAUCGUCAAGAGUAUCAGGACCAGGUCAGACAUUUGGUCGACUACAUUUACAAGCGAGACAAGCGUGUCAUGGAGCACUUGAAGCGACAGCGCGAGGAGGAUGAACAGCGCAAGGUACGCGAGGAGGAGGCCAGACUGCGGGCGGAGGAGGAGCACAAGGAAGCCAUCAGGCGACACAAGGAGGAGCAGCAGCGAGAGUAUGAGCGACUGAAGAGUGAGGGUGUCAAGUUUAUGGAGGACGACCAAGAGUACGAGGAGGUGCCAGAGUAUCAUUGCGUCGUUUGUGAUAAGACUUUCAAGUCGGAUCGACAGCUCAAGAACCACGAGUCGUCAAACCUUCACAAGAAGAAUCUGGCAUUGCUCAGAAAGACUGUGAUGAUCGAUGAAGAGUUGGAUGCACUGGAUGUAAAUGAUGAUGAUGAUAAUGAUGAGGUUGUUGAACAAGAGGCCAACAACAAUAAUAGCAAUGACAAUGGAGAAGAUCAAGAUGAGGAAGAGCAUGAGCUACCGCAUGGAAUAGUAACAAAGAAGACAAAGAAGGAUAAGAAGAAGAAGAGAGAUGCGGCUGUGGCAGCGGCAACAGCUGCAAUACAUAAUGGAGGUGAUAUUGAUGAGGACAAUGAAGAGGAGGAGGAGGACGACAACGACCAGGAUUCAGACAACUCAUCAUCAAAGACAAAGCGCAACAAAAAGGAGAAGAAACAGAACAAGAAGAACAAGAACAAAGCAAAGAAGUUGCAGUUGGAAGAUGAUGAGGCAGAGGAAGAUGAGGGAGAUGACAAGUCCUCCAAGUCAAAUAGAAAGUCAUCAUCAUCGAGCAAGUCAUUGAAGAAGCAGGACAGUGACGAUGACCUCCCAGAGGGUAUGGUCAAGAAGAAAAAGCAACAACAACUAAAGGUGGAAGAUGAUGACGAUGAGGAUAUUGCUAACGAGGAUGAUGAUGAGGAUGACAGCGACGACGCAGCCAACUUGAAGACACAGAACAAGACCAAGAGCAAGAAGGUGAUCAAUCCAUUCCUGGACAGUGACAGUGAGGACGAGAAGAAGACUGCAACACAGACAAAGAAGAUUGGCAAGGCCAAGGAAAAGAGGCUACAAAGGCAGGAGAAGCAGAAGGCGGCUGCCGGUGCUGGUGGUGCUGAGAAACAAAAGGACGAGAUGGUGUGCCAUGUCUGUUCCGAGCGAUUCCCAACACGCAACAAGCUGUUCCAACACAUCAAAGACACCAAGCAUGCACAGGCCAUUGUUUCAAACAGUGGCGGUGGCGGCGGAAGUACAAAGAGG